UUCGUAAUGGCACAUCGGGAUGGGCAGCGGGCAGAGGCACAUCGGGCUGGGCAGCGGGCAGAGGUACAUCAGGCUGGGCAGCGGGCAGAAGCACAUCAAGCUGGGCAGUGGCACAUCGGACUGGGCAGCAGGCAGAGGCAUAUCAGGGUGAGGCAGCGGGCACCAGGCCAUCAGGAGGAGCACCGGGCACUGGACCAUCAGGCGGAGCAGCGGGCACUGGGCCAUCAGGUGGAGCAGCAGGCACGAGCCAUCAGGCAAGGCAGUGGGCACCGAGGCAUCAGGCGAGGCAGCGGGCACUGAGGCAUCAAGCUCGACAGCGGGCACCGAGUCAUCUGGCAUGACAGUGGGCACCGGGUCAUCUGGCACGACAGCGGGCACCGGGUCACCAAGCUCGACAGCGGGCAUCGAGUCACCAAGCUCGACAGCGGGCACCGAGUCACCAAGCUCAACAGCGGACACUGAGUCAUCUGGCAUGACAGCGGGCACCGAGUCAUCUGGCACGACAGCGGGCACCGAGUCAUCAGAUAGGACAGAGGGCACCGGGUCAUCAGACAGGACAGACAAGACAGCGGGCACUGGGGCGUCAGGCUGGACCGUGGGCACCAGGGCAUCAGGCUGGACCGCGGGCACCGGGUCAUCAGGCUGGAUCGGCGUACACUGGGUCAUCAGGCAUCCGGGCAUCAGGCUGAACAGCGGG